AUGAAGAAGAUUACAGGAAGAAGUUUGCAAAUGGCUAUGGAAAUCAUGUAUGAUGCUGAGAGACAAACAUAUACGAAUUGGAUCAAUGAAUUGUUAGCUUCGCUUAAAAGUUCGUCUCUACGAGGAUUGAAGGUUUGGUUUCCCGUGAAAAAUGUUUCUGAUGUUGAUAACUGGAUUCAAUUUGCAGUUUGUAAAAAAGUUCGAAUGCUUAAACUGUAUUUCGGUCGUGCAAUCGAUUAUGUUCUUCCGUUGGAACUUUUUAAGGUUGAGAGAUUUGAUUCUUUAUGUGUUUUGCGUAUGAAAUCGAUUAGUGUCACCGAAGAGAUGCUGGAGUAUUUACUGUGUACUUGUCUGUUGCUUGAAACAUUGAGUUUGGUUGAUUCUGAAGUUUCGAAAACUAUGAAGGUUUCAGUUUCAGGUUCAUCAUUGAAGUUGGAAUGUUUAGAGUUGGUAAGAUGUUUGGAGUUGACAAAAGUUGAAAUAUUUGCUGAGAAAUUAGUGUCAUUCAAAUACUAUGGGCCUAAUUUGGAGACAGAAUUCAAGAUUGUUUCAAGCCUUGUGGAAGCAUCUUUUGGAGGAUCCUUUAUGGAGUUUGUUAGAGAAAGCUUUAUGUUGCAAAUAAAAGUGCUUAAAUUGGAUGUGAAUUCUUUUGAAGUAUCUGUGAAAGUCUUAAUCAGUAGUGAAAGAACAUGCCUUCUUGUUUCUGCAGAGAAUGAAUAUGCUAUCAUUGUGUCACCAUCACAACAUGGAAAAUAA